ACAUCAGCUGUUGUCGUGUUUUAGUGGUUAAAACGGCGCUCUUAGAACUCAGUGACCGCUGGUACGAGUUUAGUUAGCAGCGCCAUCGUCUGUUCCCCUUUUUGGACCAGUUUAUUUUAUUGUCUACAAAAAUAAAUAAUAUAAUUCACUUGCUGCCAACAUUUUGGAGGUAAUAUUGUUUAACAGGUUUGCCAGACAAACUUUAACUGUAAGAAUAUUGUCAGAUUACCAAGGUGCACAGCUUUGCUUCUGCAGCCCAGUGAAGUCUUAAAGUGAAAACGAAAUUAUGUGGCUUCCAUUAAAUGAGCAAUGAAUUAGUUUGCAUGAUAUUAUAACUGUUUAUUUAUGUUUGCAGAGCAUCUCGGUCAACAUAAUACUGAAAAGGCGUAAAGUGAUCGUCAUUACUCUAACAAUGCUGGGCGGUAGUACAAAUUCUGACUGUUUAGUACAGUCUCCUUUGAAGUGGGGUAUAUUUUAGGGACCUUUUAAUGUAUUCUUCAAUAUUCCUUCAUACCAUUAUGGUUUGAAGAGCUCUUGGAGAAAGUAGAGACAUUUUCACAUGUUUAUUUACGUUUGUCGCGUUUUGAUCAGGAAACGACAAAGCCACCUAAUUUUUUUUUACAAACAUCUGCGAUGAGGACCCCGUUUGACUGUCACUAGUUAACCUUAAUGUGGCUCGUUCUGUUUUUAAUUUGAUUUCCCUUCUUCAACAGCUUGCAAACUGUUUCCAAGUAGAGAACACACGUACAAAUACUGUAGAUAUGGCUCAUAGUCUGUUGGUGGUAUCUGACAGUAAUGUAGGAACGUUUAUUAUUAUAAUUUCGGCUUGUCUGUUUAGAUCUCACCAACAACAACAUUAGCUGUUAACUUUAUAUCACUUAGAUGAGAUUUUAUUACAGUACAACUUAUCGACAUUACUUGAUAUUCCUUUCUAUUUGGACACGUAAACACCACAAGCAACAUCAUCAGAAGGCAUGGCGGAGGCUGGAGCCCACCUGACCUCCACGGUUGUUAAUGAGCAGCCAUCCAUCUUUGAAGUGCUGGCCCAGGAGUCUCUGAUGGAGGCUGUCAGACCUGCUCUGAGACAUGCAGUCAAGGUGAGGCUUCCUGUUGGUAGAUACCAGGCCAUACGAAGCUUUCAUUUUCUUCUUGCCCUGCUGCUCCAACUGUCUCAGGUUCUGGCUGAAUCCAACCCGUCCCACUUUGGAGUCAUUUGGAAAUGCUUUGAUGAGCUUUACCUGCUGCUGGAUGUCCUCCUGCAGAACCACUUCCUGUCCCAGUGCAGCGCCUCCUUCUCUGAGAACUUCUAUGGACUCAAGAGGGUUUCAGGUGGGCGGCGCCUUCCUGCUCACCUGGGCCUGCACAAGAGUUCCCACUGGUGGUCCCUGCUGCUCUUGUGCAUGGUGCCAUACCUGCGGGCCAAGCUGGAGGUGAUGCUGGCCCGGCAGAGAGAGGAGGAAGACUUCUCCAUCAGGCUGCCACAGACCAGGAAGCAGAGGUUGUACCGAACGGCGGUGGCAGCAUACCCGUAUGUCAGCUCAGCCUGGCAGUCCUGGAUCUUCUGCCAGCAAUUGCUUUUUGUUUUCGGAGUCAGCAGGACACACAGUCCCCUGCUGUGGCUGGCCAAUGUCAGACUGGCACGGAUCACCACACAAGACCUCAGAGAUUCACAGUGGAAAACCAGCUGCAGUCCCAGGCCGGCCAAUGGGAGACUGAUGCAGAGAGCAUGGUGGCUCAUGUCUCGGGCAGCGCAGGGUGUGGCCGUCUCCCUCUCCACCUCCCUGUCUCUGGGCGUCUUCUUCCUGCAGUUCCUGGAGUGGUGGUAUUCCUCUGAAAACCAGAGCACAGUUAAAACCAUCACUUCCCUGCCUGCACCUCCUCCCCCGCUCCAUCUGCAGGAAGAUGUCCAACCAGCAGCAGACGAGAAGAACUGCCCGCUGUGCCGAAAGCUCCGGGCCAACUCCACGGUGCUGUCCACAUCUGGCUUUGUCUUCUGUUACCGCUGCAUUUACACUUAUGUGAAGGCUAAUCACUGCUGCCCACUCACUGGAUUCCCCACAGAACUGCAACACCUCAUCAAGAUCUAUGAGUGUGAGAGCUAAAAGUUCUCUGGAGGUCAUUUCAGAUGUUUCCCAUCUUUGGGAAAAAUAUGACCUUACUGUUUGCUGCAUUCCUGUGCAACAGCUCUUUGUGAAGAGUGAAAAUGUUAUUUUACUUUAGUGUGUAAAAGUUGAUUUUAAAGUUGAUAAAUUCUGAUCUAAUUCAGAUUUUAAUGGCUUACACUCAGUCUUUCUAUUUAUUAAGUUGGUAAAAAAUACCAUACAUAAUAGUGCUGCUAAUAAAACCUUUCCCGCCUCAGCUUCUAUUUAGACCUCAGAAGAGUAAUAGAACACAUCAAAAUUAAGUUGAUAGGCGUUAAAAAAAGUAUGUAGUAUGUAGUUUUUAACAAUUACGGUAAUUUAGUUUAUUUAUACAGCACCAAUUCACAGCCAAUGUGAAUUGUUAUAACUUUUUUUAUCCCCUUAAAUGUCAUCACCAAAAAACACUGGCAAGUCAAGCCAUAUCAGUUGGUGCAUAAUUUACUGAAAUCUUUUUUUAACUUGACUUAAAAUAAUAUUUACAUUGUGAAUUAACUUUAGUUUUGGCAUAUAAUUAAAUGGCCAGUCUAAAUCACAAACUUAAAACAAGUUAUUUUUAUCAUAUACCUUUUGUCUCUUGUCAGUGAGCAGUGUUGCUUGUCACUGGAGGAGGCGUUAGAGCUGCUGCUGACUGACUCAUCUGUUAAGAGUGGUCAAAAGUACAGGGACAAGUUAAAUAUAUGGUAAUUAUUUUUCCUUCACUGAUUAAAUGUUGGUGAAAUGGAGGCCAACAGUAUUCUGAGGCUAAGCUAUACUAAAUGGUUGAUAAUCCCACACAUUUUUUGUGGGUGCGGAAUAGAAAGCUGCUUUGGACCACUCUUAUUUUCUGUAGAUAUAGCAUAAAUUUGAAAUGUUUUCUUCUCUGACUAGAAGGGAAGAAAAUUGAUGUCAGAGUUCCUGGUGAAUUUCUUGUAACAUUUGGUCUGGAAAGUCACAAUAUUCACAGCUUUUUUUAAGAAGGACGUUUUAGUUCUAUUAGUCUAUUUUUCACAAGUCUGGAGCAGGCUAGCUACACAGGAUGAUCUGUGUAGUGUCACCGCUUUUGUGAAACCGAAUCGACACAAGAUACCCAAAAUAUCAUGGUUUAAUCCGCUAUCCUGGUUUUGCAAAACAGCUGGAUAAGAAGACAAUUGAUUGUCUGUUGUUUGGACUUAGUUUGGUCCCUUUAGAAGGAUGGUCCUGUUAUGGUAUUGAGGCCUCAGCCUGACCCCAGAAAAAGGAAUUUCACAUUAAAUGACGGCGUGAAUCACAGUCUGUCUGCAUGGAGAAACACACAGGCCUGAUUUUGAUCAAAAACGUAGAAGUAUGAGAUAGUCUCUAACAUUAAUCAAAGCUGGGCUGGAUGGUGCAGAUUGGGAACAGCUACUGAGAGGAGCAAACAUGCCUGGACCUAAAUAUUUAAGUAAUACUUAGAAAACAAAUAUUAGGGUUUAAGUUUGGAAAAAUAAAUAUUUAGUUUGGAAAUUAAAUAUAUACAUUUUAACUAAAUGCUUACUUAGUUUACUAUUUAGUUCCAAAAUAAAUACUAAGUUUUUUUGCUCAGACUUGACAUUUGGGAACUAAAUAUUUAGUCUAACUAGUUUGUGAACUCAAUAUUUAGUGUGAAUUAAAUAUUUAGUUUGGAAGCCAAAAUAUUGCUGUAAACGUUUUACUGUGUAACUUUACAAACUGCACCCCAUAGAAACAUGAACACAGUUAUACUUUUGCAAAUUAGGUUUAUUGAAAUGAAGUUACACCAAACCUAACAGACCAAAGUUUUAGAGAAUGUUAGAGAUUACAGAACUCGUGCUGCUAAGUUCUGAAAUGGUGACAAACAUAACUCCUGUAAAAUGAAUCAAACCGUCAGCUGUUGGUGUUUUCAUUUGAACAGGCAGCCCGUUUCUGAUCAUGAUGGUCCACUCAGUCAUCCUUUACUUUUCUCACUAAGGUGUUUCUGUUCCAGUAUCAGGGAAUGACAGUAGACAUUACCGGAAGUUUAUCAAAAGCUUCCAGUCAUGAAACAAAGUUCAGAGCCUGGAGAAGCAGGAUGUGACUAAAAUUCUCCAACAUGCAUUAUUGUCCCACCGCAAUACUGAAAACCUAUGACAUAACUGGUAGAUUCAUCAACCAAUAACAGGCUCUUAUCACUGACAGACUGCUUUGCAUAAAUAAUCUUUAAAUAAAACCAAUAUAUUUUGUACAUAAAAUUAAAGUAUGUUUUGGAAGUCCCAUGUGAUUUUGUUUGCCGACGAGUACAAAUGAUGCACUUCUAGACUAGAAAUGCAUCCAACAAUGACCUGAUGGCUUUAGGCAACAGACUAAGGUUAGAUAUAUGUGACCGUGAUGGCAUAGCGGAGACAUUGUACGUAGAGACAUUUUAGCAGUUGAAAAUAUUCAGAGGUCAUAAAUAUGAGGGAAAAUUUACAACUUUUGAAAUGAAGUAGUUUAUUUUAGGAAAUUUCUGAGAAUCUAAAGAAAUAGUUGUCAAAAAUUGUAAUGUUGAAGCUCAAAUUUAGUUUUUAGAAAUUUCUGAGAUCAGUCUCUAAAUUUCUGGCGUUUUUGGUGGAAAUUUACUCCACCGGCAACCCCAAUAUGCCACCAUAUGAACCUCUUUAUAACCUGUUACAUUCAAUAACAUCCACAAAAGAAUCUUCAGCACAUUUUCCCUCUUUUGUCUCAGUCAUUAGAAAACUAAAUUAAAAUUGGUCCAUAUCUGGACUGGCAAGGCAGAUGUCUGAGGAAAUUAGAAAUCUGCACAGACUAGGACAAGUCUGAUUGAUAACACCUCUACCAUGAAAGGUUGGGAACCUUUUAGAACGUCAUGAACACAGAGUAAGGGAAGACAACCAGCCUUUUAUUCACUUUAUUUGUUAAAAAGAGCAGCAGCCAAAAACAAUACAAAAAAAGAGAGAAAGAAAAACUUUAUUUUGGCCUUGAUUUCCACCCAUUUGCUUUUGGACAGUAACGUCUCGCUGUAACAGGUCUGUAGGCUGCUGAGGAACACGUCAUUAACAAUUGGGCUGUUUGUACGGAUGCAAAUCUUGCAUGUGCAUACUACAAGACCUGGAAGCAGAACCCAGUAGGAUGCUGCGGCCAGGUACCAGGCUGAGAGCGACUACUGCACAAGGAAUCACCACAUCAAUUUUCUUGAAACGUAAAGAUUUGGAAAUGUUGUAUAAUACUAUCAAAAAAAAAA